AUGGAAAAGGAUGAGCAUGAGAUGGAAUUCAUGCCCAUCACAGAACGCGUUCAAACCGUGAUUGAUGAACGAGAGCUCGAAGCUCUGGGCCGCAUCGCUUCCAGCAAGCUUGGACAAAAGCUAUCGGCUUCGGUUAGUCGCAAGGAAUCCCAAGAUCCAAGACUAGACCCCCAUAGCCCCGAGUUUGAUCACCACCGGUGGGCCCAGCAUGUCCUCAGCCAGGUACAUGAAGCCGGCAUCGAAAUCCCCUCUCAAGGUGUGGUCUUUUCGGAUCUCUCCAUCAGCGGCUCCGGUUCAGCCUUGCAGCUUCAAGAGACCUUAAUCUCGAGCCUUACUCUCCCAUUUCGGUAUGCGUCUAGAGCCCUCACAGGUCGCCUAUCACCCCCACGAAGAAUUCUGCACAGCUUUGAUGGGUUGUUGGAAGGUGGAGAGCUUCUCCUGGUCCUGGGACGCCCCGGCAGUGGAUGCACCACCUUCCUCAAAACCCUGUGUGGACAUUUGGGCGGUCUGACUAUGGAACCCGGCAGCUCUAUUCAUUUCGAAGGCAUUGAUUUCGACCAGAUGAUCAAGCACCACCGUGGUGAUGUGGCGUACAACAAGGAAGUCGAUUUGCAUUUUCCUCAUCUAACGGUGGGUCAGACCCUCUCGUUUGCUGCUCACGCCCGGGCGCCCCAUCAACGCGUCCAGGACAUGCCCCGAGAUGAGUACGUCGAGACUCUGACUCAAGUGGUCAUGUCGGUAUUUGGCUUGUCCCACACCUAUAAUACCAAAGUUGGCAGCGAGUUUGUUCGGGGCGUUAGUGGUGGUGAACGCAAGCGCGUCAGCAUCGCAGAGAUGUUCCUUUCCCGCUGUCGCAUCGGCGCGUGGGAUAACAGCACCCGAGGACUGGACGCCGCUUCUGCCUUGAAAUUUGUUCGAGCUCUGCGUCUUGCAGCCGACAUGGGUCAGUCUUGUCAUGCAGUCGCGGCCUAUCAAGCAUCCCAAUCAAUGUACGACCUAUUCGAUAGGGUUGUGGUGCUUUAUGAAGGCUACCAAAUUUACUACGGCCCCCGCGAUCGAGCAGUGGCUUAUUUCCAAGACAUGGGAUGGGCUAGACCAGAGCGUCAAGUGAGUGGUGACUUUUUGACUGCCAUAACCAAUCCCAAUGAGCGCAAAGCCCUUCCAGGAAUGGAAAAUAAGGUGCCUCGUACUGCGAAGGAUUUUGCAGAGUAUUGGAAGCGGAGCCCAGAAUACCAGAGUCUACGGAAACAAAUCACCGAAUUUGAUCAGCAACAUCCCCCCAAUGGCGAGGAUGCUCAAAAGUUCAAGGAAAGCCACGUACACCAACAAGCUAAACACACCCGCUCUAGCAGCCCAUACAUUAUGUCCGUGCCAAUGCAAAUUCGCCUGUGUUCUCGGAGAGCCUACCAGCGUAUGCUCAACGAUUUGCCUACCGCCUUGUCCCCUCUCAUCGUUCAACUGAUCCUGUCCUUGAUCAUCGGAUCCGUCUUCUACAACACCCCGGAUACCUCUUCAUAUUUCUUUCAAAAGGGCGCCGUGUGUUACUUUGCUGUGCUGAUGAACGCCCUCCUCACGAUCAACGAGAUCAUGCAGCUCUACAGUCAGCGGCCGAUUGUGGAGAAGCAGCGUGGUUAUGCAUUUGUCCAUCCGUUCACAGAAGCAUUAGCCAGUCUUAUUGUCGACUUUCCGAUCAAAAUCGUGCGAAUCUCCAUUUUCAGCAUUGUCUUAUAUUUCAUGGCGAACCUUCGUCGGGAGCCAGCCCAGUUCUUCAUCUUCUACUUGUUUCUGAUUUUCGCCGUCUUGACCAUGUCUGGACUGUUCCGCAGUCUAGGAGCAUUAACAAAGUCCGUCGGUCAGGCCAUGGCUCUCGCGGGUAUUCUGGUUCUGUGUAUCGUUGUAUACACUGGAUUUACGCUGCCUCAGCCCUACAUGCACCCGUGGCUGUCUUGGAUUCGCUGGAUCAACCCGAUCUAUUACACCUUUGAAGCUCUCAUUGCGAAUGAAUUCCAUGGCAAGAACUAUCCGUGCACUUCGGUAAUUCCUAGCUAUGGGACGGGUACAUCUUUCAUUUGCUCUUCCGUUGGUGCAAUGGCUGGCGAGAGAUUCGUCUCUGGGGAUGCAUUCAUCGAACAGAACUAUGAUUACUAUUACUCCCAUCUGUGGCGGAACUUUGGGAUUUUGAUUGUAUUCAUGGUCUUCUUCAACGCGGCCUAUUUGGUCGCCACCGAGUUCAUCUCCAGCGACAAGUCAAAGGCCGAGGCCCUGGUCUUCCGCCCCGGCCAUGCUCCAGCACACCUCCAAUCCGAAGACGAUGCUGAAGGCGGAGUUGUGAUCGUUAAUAGGCUUGAAGUGACACAUACGAACGAAAUGAUCCACCUGCCCGAGCAGAAAGAUAUUUUCACUUGGAAGGCCGUCAAUUAUGACAUUCCGGUGAAGGAAGGAACACGACGCCUUCUCGACAAUGUCAACGGCUGGGUCAAACCUGGUAGCUUAACUGCUCUGAUGGGCGUGUCUGGUGCGGGCAAGACAACUUUGUUGGAUGUUCUUGCCCAGCGGGUGUCUAUUGGAGUCGUGUCCGGCGAUAUCCUGGUCAAUGGCCAGCCCUUACUUCCAAACUUCCCUCGUCGCACUGGAUAUGUACAGCAGCAGGAUCUUCAUCUUGAGACCACCACGGUCCGCGAAGCACUACGAUUCAGUGCUAUGCUUCGCCAACCAAAGAGCGUCUCCAAGGAGGAGAAGUACGACUAUGUGGAACAAGUUGUCAAGCUCCUUGGUAUGGAGGAUUUCGCGGAGGCAGUGGUUGGAUCCCUUGGUGAAGGUUUGAAUGUUGAACAGCGCAAGCUUCUGAGUAUUGGAGUUGAGCUUGCUGCGAAGCCCACUCUACUGAUAUUCCUGGAUGAACCCACAAGUGGACUGGAUUCUCAGAGUUCAUGGACAAUCUGCCAGUUCCUUCGAAGACUUGCAAACCAUGGUCAGGCUGUUUUGGCAACGAUACAUCAGCCGAGUGCAACUCUGUUCCAGACAUUCGACCGUCUCCUCUUCCUGGCUAAAGGUGGAAAGACAGUCUAUUUCGGCGACAUUGGUGAACAGUCAUCUACUCUCUUGAAGUAUUUCGAGGCUAAGGGAGCCCGACCGUGCGAGGAGCUGGAAAACCCUGCCGAAUACAUCCUUGACAUGGUCGCCGGAGAGGGCUGUCUUGGCGUUGAUUGGCCCCAGGCUUGGAAUUCGAGCCAGGAGUACCAAGAUGUCAUUUCUGAAAUUGACCGGAUUCAUUCCAAGCAUCAAGGCUCCGCUCAUGAUCCAUCCAUCGACGACGAUACUGCCGAAUUCGCCAUGCCCUUGUCCACGCAGAUGGCGGUUGUUCUUGGCCGUUGCUUCCAGGGCUACUACCGCCAACCUGACUACAUCUACGCCAAGUUCAUUCUCGGCAUCGCAUCGGGUCUUUUCAUUGGAUUCUCUUUCUGGAAAGCUGAUAACACCCAACAGGGCUUCCAGAAUGUGCUUUUCAGCAUUUUCCUAUUGUGUACCAUCUUCAACACUCUCGUUAACCAAAUCAUGCCUCGCUUCGUCACUCAGCGAUCUUUGUACGAAGUCCGCGAGCGUCCAUCACGCAUUUACUCUUGGAAAGUGUUCAUCCUCUCACAGAUCCUCGUGGAGGUUCCCUGGCAAGUCUGUCUCGGCGUCUGCUCUUGGGUAUCUUUCUACUGGUCCGUCUUUGGCACUGGUCAAGACUCGGAAAGCCGUGGAUUGAUUAUGCUGUUCAUUGUUCAAUUCUACAUUUACGCGGCUAGUAUGGCUCAAUUUGUUGUGUCGGCUAUUCCAGAGCCCACCCUCGGUGCUAUGCUUGCGACUCUCAUGUUUGGUCUGUCUUUCAUUUUCAAUGGUGUUCUACAACCGCCUAGUGUUUUGCCUAGAUUCUGGAUCUUCAUGUAUCGUGUCUCACCAUUCACGUACUACAUCAGCGGCAUUGCUGGCACGGCAUUGCACGGUCGCAAGGUGGAGUGCAAUGCGGCCGAGCUCAGCGUCUUCGACCCCCGCGGCUCGGUAUACAACAAGAACGCCACGUCCAAUUGCCAAUACUGCAGUAUGAGCUCCGCAGACCAGUAUUUGGCUGCUCGGGAGAUUUACUACAGUGAUCGGUGGCGCAACUAUGGCAUCUUCUGGUGCUACUUUGUUUUCAAUAUCUUUGGUGCAAUUGCGUUGUAUUACUUGUUCCGAGUGAGGACUUCCAAGUCGAUGAUGGGGAAGGCCAAGAAAUGA